UACUUUGCUGUUGCACCCCACUCCCCAACCUCUCCGUGCCGUUUCUAAGCAGAGGAAACCACUGCCGCCAGAGAGCUUCCUCCCAGCCACUUUCAAAAUAGCAGGGUGGCUGUCGCCAUUGCCCAUGAGAGCCUUCCACCACCCCUCUGGGAGAAGAUUCAAGCAGAGCUCUUUCCCAUGGGGCUGAUGUGGUGCCUGGUGGCUGCCUUCCUCCUCCUCUUGGGUUUGAGCACAGGCCAACGAGUGGUGACUGUUCAGAAGGGACCCCUCUACCGCACGGAGGGCUCCCAUGUCACGCUGUGGUGCAAGGUGAGCGGCUACCAGGGCCCGGCGGAGCAGAACUUCCAGUGGUCCAUCUACCGUCCCUCGGCCCCCGAGCGGGAGGUGCAGAUCGUCAGCACCGUCGAUGACUCCUUCCCCUACGCCAUCUACUCCCAGCGUGUGCGCAGCCGGGGGAUCUACGUGGAGCGGGUGCAGGGGGACGCCGUCCUGCUGCACAUCACCAAGCUGCAGGAGCAAGAUGCUGGGGAGUACGAGUGCCACACACCCAACACUGAUGAGAGGUACUUUGGGAGUUACAGCGCCAAGACGAACCUCUCAGUGAUCGCAGACACCCUCUCAGCUUCCAUGGCACCUCAGGUUCUCACACGUGCUGAAGGGGAGGCAGUGGAGCUCACCUGCGAAGUGUCCAAGUCCACGAUCCAGCACACGCAUCUCUCUGUUGGCUGGUACCGUCUUCAGGGAUCAGCAGAGCACCACGCUGAGGAGGUCCUGACCCUCUCCAAGGACUUUGUCUUGAGGCCAGGGCCCUCUUACGCGCAGAGGUUUCUGGUGGGGGAUGUACGGCUGAACAAGGUUGGGAACACCACGUACAAGCUCUCCAUUGGGGGAGUGGAGCCAUCUGACCGAGGUCAACUGUACUGCGAGGCGACUGAGUGGAUUGAGGAUCCUGAUGAGACAUGGAAGGACAUCUCUCGCAAGCAAACAGGGAGGACGUCACUGGCAGUUAUGAGCCAGGGCAGAGACCUCUCCGUGGACAUUGCUGCUGCUGAAAGCUCCCUUUCUGAAGGUGAUACCUUGCAGCUCAAUUGCGUGGUGGGAGCCCAGAGGAGCAGCAGCAGGCACUUCCAAGUGCUUUGGCUACUCAACGGCGUGGAAAUGGCCAGGGUUGACCCCCACGGGGUAUUGAUUUGGGAGGAUGAAUAUGGAGAGAGAGCCAAGCUGGGGCAGCUCCGAGCAUUCAAGCACAGCAACACAGUUUAUGUCCUCACCAUGUAUGAGGUGGGGCUGAAGGACAACGGUACAUACCACUGCUCUGUUUCGGAGGUGAAGACUCCUGGAGACUUUCACAGCAUCCAAACCAAUCUGUCGUCAGGCAUCCAAGUCGACGUGAAACCGAUAGAGAGACGCAUGCGCCUGUCCGUGUCCACCAGCACGCCGCAGGUGAUGGCAGGAGACGCCUUGAUCCUCCUUUGCGAGGUGCAAGGAGCAACCAGCCCAGUGUCUGUGCGGUGGUGGCACCUGCCACCGCAGCACCCGGGUCCCCGGGUGCUGGUGGCCACCAUGGAGCAGGACGGCACCCUGAGCCUGGGCAGCGCCUACCAGGAUGGCAGGAUUCGGGGGAGCCUCCGGCUGGAGAAAGGGAGCUCCGGCGCCUUCACUCUGGUGAUUCCCAACACGCUAGACGAGGGCGACGGCGGGCGGUAUGGGUGCAAAGUGACGGAGUGGUCCCAAGGCCGGAGAUGGACAGAGGAGGGGGAGACAGCAGUGACAGUCAACCCCAUGGGUCUCGGUCUGCACGCCACGCUGAGAAGCCGAAUUGCCACCGUCAGAUACGGCCAGAGCUUUGAACUCGUCUGCCAAGUGAGCGCCAGCUACACCUUUGAGGAGGUGCCGGUGUCCGUGGGGUGGCUCUUCCAGCCCAGCCCACCCACCGGCCACUACCACAAGCUGGUCUGGGUCUUUCAUAAUGGCACUGUGGUCUGGGGGACAGCACAGCCACACUUCCAGGGGAAAGCCCAGCUGACGAAGGCUGCCACCUCCUUCAGGCUGUGCAUCCACAAUGCUGCGGCUGCCGAUGAGGGGACGUACCAGUGUGAGGUGGAAGUUUGGAGGAGGAACACCCCACCGCUGGGGCAGCCAGCGGCUACCACCAGGUCCAAUCCCGUGGGGAUAAAGGUGGUGCUGCCAGAAAGCAAGCUUCUGGUAGCUACGGAAGAGAGCUCUGUGGAGGUUGCCGGCGGUGCUGACACAGCCAUUGAGUGCAGGAUUGUUUUUGCCCAGAAUAAUUCUCAGUUCGCCAUUACCUGGUACCUCCUACCUACUUCUCCGACAGAUGCAACCCCCCUGCAAAUUGUAAGGGCUGACUACAGCAGCAUACUGGAAUAUGGGGCUGAGUUCAGCUCUCCUGCACAGAAGUCCCGGUUCCUGAGCCAGAGAGUGUCCAGCAACGUUUUCUGGCUGCGGAUACUCUCUGCGAACACUGGGGACCAGGGCAGGUACUACUGUGUGGUAGAGGAGUGGCUCUGGCUCGUGGACGGCUGGUACAAACUCGGAGAGGGAGCAUCGGGAAGGACCACGCUGGAGUUCAAGCUCCCAGAGCGCCAACUGCAGCUGGAGAAAACCAACCACAGCAUCUCGGCGAGAGAGGGCGAGGAGGUGACGCUGCAUUGCCUGCUGCAGGGUGCCCGCCAGCCCACCAGCCACCUCUCGGCCAUGUGGUUUCGGGGGGAGGAGAGCGGCCGCAUCAGGCCCCUGCUCACCCUCCACCGCGAUGGUGCCAUCGAGUACCCCCAGCAGAGCCUGGCAGGGAGGCUGUACCUCCGCCGCCCCACCGCCGGCAACUUCAGCCUGACGCUGCGGAGCGUGGAGGAGGGCGAUGCCGGGGUGUAUCACUGCCAGCUGCAGGAGUGGCAGCAGCAGAGCGACGGGGAGGACUGGGUUCUGAAAGCCUCAGCACGCUCUGGGUACACCCAGCUCACCACCAUCCCGCCAGAGUCAACUGUUUCAUCCAGGAUCUGCUCAUCCCCACCACUGCUGAACUUCGUCCUAUACUUACCGCUGGUUCUGAUCCUUCUCCUGGUCCUUGCUGUCUUCUGCUGGUACUUCAAAUUCAGAAAAAGCAAGAAGGGCAACGUCACAGGAGACCAACUGAUGGAACUGCAAGGGGAUGAAGGGGUCAAGAAAACUUAGCUGGUCUAUAAUGGCAGGUGUAAAUUGAAGGAGCAGAGCUGGACACCUGAAGAGGACUGACUACCAGCAGAGGGGCUUUUUAUUGUUUUGUAGUAGCUUUUGCAAUGAGUCCUUGAAAUUGUGUGUUUACUUUCAGUGGAAUGAAGCGGCUUUGAAUUACUAAGCAAACAGGGCUUUCUUAACAGGUGUUCCUGUCUCUUAGCUUAGGUACCCACCCAUUUCACACUCCGUUCGUUGUGGUAUAUUUGAGGUCCUUGCAGUAUGUGUCUCCCACUGUGGAUGGAAGUGGUGUUACUUCCCUACAGGUAUAAGAGGAAAACCCAUUCUUUGCACUGUGGCACAAAAGUAUCAAAUUGCUACUCAUUUUAGGUGACUUGACAAAAUCUAUGUGAUGCACAGGCUAAAAACCAGUGGCAGAACUGGAAAUGGAGUAUUGGUCUCCCAUUGCACUUGCCUUUGCCCACCCUUUGCUGGGGAAGUUCUCAGACACUGCUGUCCCGUUGUUCUGACAGUGCCUGUGCCCAAAGAUCUGAAAGGAAAUUGGUCUUCAUCACAAAACCUGUCGCAGAAACACGAGGGCUGAGCAAGACUAGCUGAAGAAAGCCCAUAGCAGGGGUACCACAACCAUCCACAAAAAACUAAUCCUGUUGACCGAGUGAGGGGCUUGCAUGGAGUCUUGGAUCCUAGAAGGAAAAAGUGGACACCAAGCCAUCUUGGAGAUGAGUGUACAAAGACUUUCCAUCUCUUUCCUUUGCUGGGACUGCUGUAGUUGAAGGCAGCAUCCAGCCCCUCAUGCCUGGGCUGUCUGGGUCAGGAAGCUGCGUGGCUGGGACCUGGUAUUAAGACACCUCCAAGUUGUACCAUGUAAAAAAAAAAAAAAACCACAUGUGUCCUUGCGGGGCAGUUCCUCUAUGCUCUGGGAUCCUGCUCAGGCUCACUUUUUCAAGGCUGAGGAGCUCUGCUACCUGAAGUCUGUCUGGCUGAUGCAUUAGAGGAAAUGAGAUUUUAGUCCAGUCCCCAUUAAGUCAAGGGAUCCUCAGCCCCUAAUUGUGUAAAGUGGGAUGUGGUCCCAGUGAGUUACAGGGUCAGGCGUCAGGGCAACAUUCAAAGUACUGUCCUCAGACAAAAGCAGCCGUACGGAGAUCGUGGCAGAUGUUUAUGAAGCUGCUUCCUUUGACCAAAGGGAGGGUUGGAGAACACUACAACCCCUCUACAUGAUCUGUUCAAGUCUUCACUUUCCUUACAAUUAGAAAAGCUGCCUGCCCUGUAUCCGAAGGAACUGGAAGGUGCUUCCAUCCCUUUCUCCUUGAAAAAGCACUUUUUGUAUGAGUUUGAAGACUGAUGCUUUUGUUUCCCUGUUCAGCCACCUCUGUCUGUACUGGCUGGCUCCAGCUUGCUCAGCCUUUCCCUGCGGGUUAUGUUUUCCUGGACCUCGCGCAGCUUUUUCCUUUUGCCCUGACCCCAGCUGUCUCUCCUGCAGCGUGAGCGCUCGGAGCCACGCGUGGGGCUCUCUGCAGAGGUUUCCCCCCUGCCUUGCGGGUUAUGUCCCGUUUACACAUCCCGGUGGGAUGUUUGAUGUUCUGCGUGCGUGUGACAGCACGGCACUGUUUGCGCUUGGCUCGUGAUCGACAGGCUCCUCUCCUGCAGAUUUGCUGUCUAGCAAGUUGUUUCUCCACUGUGUGUUCAGGCUGUUGACUUUUCCUGUCUAAUUGAAGCACCGUUUGCAUGGGUAUGUUAAACAGCUUUCUGCACCAGUUUGUAAAAGAUCCUGCUGUCUGUUUGUCUUAAUUCUGUCUCGAUAAUGCUUUAACUCAUGGACCAGUUUCAGUCUGUUUUGACAGAGAAGCAGAUGCUCCCAGGACAUUAAACUCCUACGAGUUUCAUGAGAAGUGGUAGCUGGAUGAAGGAGAGGAGGCAGGCGAGUUGUCCCGCUAAGGGAAGGCUGUGGCCCGAGUUGCCUGACAGCCAGCCCCGAGUCAGCUGUACGCCGGCUGCCUGGCACCCAGCUCAUAGUUAGGGGAUACAGAAAGGAGAUGUAGGUGUGUUAGGGUGUGGGAAAGGAAGGAAGGAACCAUUUUUGACCAUAAACUAUUAACAAUUAAUCUGUGCACAUAGAGGGACAGCACAAAACUGGCAGAUAAACUGUGCCUUCAUUUGGAUUGUUUCCUCAGCUUGCCCGUAAGAGUACCUUGGGAGCAUACUUCACAAGCCUCGGUAAAGUCAAGACUAUAUGGUGCCUUCUGCUUACCCCUUCCCACAAGGCUUGCAGGUUCUUGCAAAGGAGAUUAGAUAGGUCUGACAUGGUCUGUUCUGGUUUAAAACAAACCAAAAAAGAUUUAUUUUAUUUUUUUCUUGCAUUCUUAUAGGUGCUUGUAAAUACUUUGUCCCUGUAUCUUCCUGAGGAUUGCAGUAAAGAAGGUGCAGGACGUUUAGUUUCCCCUUCUUUUUAAAAAGCAAUUUUGCCCUUUUCUUGUCACUUGGUGUCUCACACCUCCUCGGGUGUUACUGCAGAAAACUACUAACAGACGGCUUGACAGCCCAUUCUGUAUGUGUCUUAGGAUGAUCCCCGUCAAGACCAGCCUUCUGCUCAAACAUCUAACCUAUUUAGGUUGCUACUCGUUACCAGAGUGCUGGGGUGGUGGUGUGGGACACCCUCUACCCUGCUAAGUAUGGGUCAGUCUCCAUAAGCCGUGUGAGCCCUAUGAGUGACCUGGCUGGGUUUGGUGCAUCCCCCAAGCCCAUGCUGGCCCCUCGCUUGGCCACCUCGUCACUCCGUUGCAGGUCUGUAGAGGCAUCUUUGCUGCCAUCUGAUCUUGACGUAAAAAGCUGCAAGACUCUAAUGCAACAUGAGAUUUUUGUGUCUGGUGGACUGGAGGAAGAAGGUGGGGCAGAGAGAGGCAGGUUUCUGCAUCAACGGGGCACUUUCUUCUGUCCUGUUUUCGUUCAGUUAACCAGAGGCCUAUGUAAGUAGCAGGUUUCUAUUCACACAGAUUUAGAGGUUUUAAUUUAAGUUUGUAAAGCAUGCCUAGGGCCUUGAUGAAAGGGUCUGCAAGAAGAAUGUGUGUUUUUGCAGUGGCGGGGAUUUUUCCUCCUUAUUUUUUUUCUGGCUUUGCUGGAUCACCACCAAGCCUUUUGGCUAUAUUUUUUAAGAAGUAUUUUUUUCCAUGAGUGAACUUAGAAAGAGUUGUAACUUAUCACAGCAAAAGCUCCCAAACAGUCCUAUUUUUAAAGAGAACAUUUCACUCGGCUGAGGUAAAUGUGUGAGAGGGAGACAGACGUGUGUGCGUCGUGGGUCAGGGAAUGGUGUUGAUUUUGCUACUGGGGCUCUUGGCCACCUUUACCCACCCCCAUCGCCACCUUUUUUCCAAGUCCAGCCUCUGAUGUAAACUAGAACAGCUGAUAAAAUAUAUAUUUAGCUGUUAUAGCCCCAUGGGGGGAAAACAGUGCAACAAGGCAGACCCUGAAGCAUAGCAGUGCCCCUGUCGCACCCUGUCCCCCAGAUGUGCCCUUGCCCAGGAGAUGUCCUGUGUGAGGGCAGCGUGUGGUGGGAAGGUCCAAGGUCCUCUCAUAAGCUUCAAAGCGGCUUGAAGGGCCUAAAGGGCAAUGCAGAGCUGGGUCCAAGAUGAAUGAAUCCACUGGGAAGCGCUUGCGCGGGGCUAUAGAAACACAAGAGCUGUGUUGUGGGCAGACCCUCACUGUCCAGAAGAUGGAUGAUGUGAGGGU